AUGAACAGCGGUCCUGUGGAAAGUGCAAGGACGCCCAAAUUGCUGUCCUGGGAGCCGGAGGUCUCCGUACUCAUCUUCGGCAACGGAAACUUUCAGCGGCUAGCGUUGUUUUGUGCCCAAAUCUCUCUCUUCGUGGCCAUUCUUCACGCCCCGGUGCACUACGAGUUCACGAAAAACGUGAACCACCGGUGCAAACCGCCCGAAGAGUACACCCAUCUGUCAGUGAUCGAAUGGAAGAACAUCAGUGUGCCCAAAGACGCCGAUGACGUCUUGGGCAGCUGCACGCGUUACGAACCUCCGUUGUCCAUGCCGUCAAACAACAGGACAGAGGUACCGUGUGACGGUUGGGACUACGACGUCGAGACCUCCGGGACAACGAUCACCACGGAAUACGAUAUGGUCUGCGACAGAAGAUGGAUGGUCUCCUUGCUGUUGAUGGCGUACCACGCCGGCAGUGAUCAUCAUCAUGGUUCUCUUCGAGGUGACCUCACAAUCUCACCGGGUGCUGUCUUGGUGCUGUUCGUCAGGCUGGCCAUCGCCGUUCCGCUCGUGCUCGCACCCAUCACCACCUUUGUUCUCGGCAAGCUGGUGGCUCACUGGGUGUUGAUUCAAGGUCUCCUGAUGCUGCCCACGGCACUCCUCGCCGUUGCACUCUACCCGAUUGCGGAGUCACCGCGCUGGCUCAUGGUCACCUGGAGAUUCAAGGAGGACGAGCAGACCAUCCUUUGGGCGCCUAAAAUGAACGGCGUCACCGACUUCUGCGAGGCCCGCGCGGUGUUCUGCCGGUUCAAGGAGAACGUGGUGUCCCAGCUGGGAUUAAGCGCCAAGCCGUCCGUAUUCGACAUCGCUUGCUCCAAGUCCAUACGUACACGCUCCGCCUUAGUCUUCGGUUGGUGGUCCGUCGAGUUCAGCACCUUCAUCAAUAUCAUCGACACGCAAGUGCUGUUGAAAAACGUAGCCGUCCAAGCUGUCAUCUGGAUAAUGAGCGUGCCCGUCAUGGUGUUGAAUUACUACGCCAUACAGAUAUUGGGGCGGCGCGGAAUGCUCUCACUGUAUUAUCUACUGGUAUCGGUUCUGGCGCUGGCACAGGGAGUACUGACAUACGUCGACAGCACUCUUGAGAUUGGAAUAGUCAAUGUCGCCGCCAUGGUGACUCUGAAUACCCUGUUCGUGACCCUGUUUGUCUACACGGUCGCGUUCUACCCGACGGCACUACGUUGCAUGGCCUUGUCAGCAGCGUUCGUGUGUGGUAAGAUCGGGAAUAUGACGGCGUCGGUAAUCAACGAUGCUUUCAAGUUUGGUCCCUUGGUAAGCCAAGUUCUACCGAUGGUAAUAUCCGAGACCAGCUUGUUUAUUUUUAGUCUGCUUGUCACACUACUGCCAGAAGCGCUCCCGUUGCCACCUGCGGACACCAUCCAGCCGGCCGCUUUCAAGGAAAUGUGGCAUAUGAAAUCACCUCCUCAGCCAAAACAUAAGUGGAGGAGCAAAGCCAAGAAGCAAAAAGUGCUCUAUGCCGCGCUGCCGUGA